UCAGUGUGAAAGCGUCGUGAACGGACUGUAAAAAUAAAGUUUCUGUCCAGGCGGAUUUCAGCAGGGUGUACAAUCAGCAAUAGAGAAUGACGGAGGAGCGGGAUAAGAGCAGCGCGGAGCCGCCGUUCAGUCCGGCCGGUUCGUGCAGCUCGCUGUCGCAGGACGAGUCGGAUUCUGACGCGCCGUCUUCUCCUGCUGGAUCGGACGGACACGUGUCGCUCAUGAUGACAGGACUGGGAAAUAAACUGGAGGAUGAGGACGAGCGCUUCCCAGCUUGUAUCCGGGACGCGGUGUCGCAGGUUCUGAAGGGGUAUGACUGGUCCCUUGUGCCCAUGCCGGCGCGAGGCAGCGGCUCGAUGAAGAGCAAACCACACGUGAAGAGACCCAUGAACGCAUUUAUGGUUUGGGCUCAAGCGGCGCGCAGGAAACUUGCGGAUCAGUAUCCGCAUCUGCACAACGCCGAACUCAGCAAAACACUCGGGAAACUUUGGAGACUGUUAACGGAGAAUGAGAAGAGGCCGUUUGUGGAGGAAGCCGAGAGACUCCGAGUCCAACACAAGAAAGAUCAUCCGGAUUAUAAAUACCAGCCGAGACGAAGGAAGUGUGUAAAAGUGGGACAGGGCGAGUCUGAUGCUGGGCCCGAUUUCAGCCAUCCCAUGUAUAAAGUUGAACCUGGAAUGGGGGGUUUGGCGGGUUUAUCCAAUCAUCACGCCAACCACACAGGUCAGCCCCAUGGACCCCCAACGCCCCCGACCACGCCUAAAACCGACCUUCAUCACGGGGUAAAGCAAGAUUUAAAGCAUGAAGGACGACGUUUGCUCGACAGCAAUCGACAGAACAUUGACUUCAGCAAUGUUGACAUUUCCGAGCUUAGCACGGAUGUCAUCAGCAAUUUGGAAACCUUCGACGUCCAUGAGUUUGACCAGUACUUGCCUCUCAGUGGUCAUGCCGGAGCCACGGUCACCCCUAUGACCUCAGAGCACGGUCACAGGCCGAGCAGCAGCUCGGGAGGGGCAUACGCUACGUCCUAUGGCCAACUGGCGAGCAAUGGUCCUGCCUGGAGUCGCAAAGGGGCUGCAAUGUCCUUGUCGCCCGGUGUGAGCGAAGUGGGUCAGCACAGACCUCACAUUAAAACUGAGCAGUUAAGCCCGACUCACUACAGUGAGCACUCGCCGUCGCACUCCGAGUACAGCACAUAUAGCGCUCAGGCGUGCGUCACCUCGGCCACCUCCUUCUCGGCCAUCGCCUCGUUCUCCAGCACGCAGUGUGACUAUACAGACCUUCAGAGCUCCAACUACUACAGCCCUUAUCCCAGCUACCCGUCCGGCCUGUACCAGUACCCGUACUUCCAUUCCUCGCGGCGGCCGUACGGAAGCCCAAUACUGAACAGCAUGUCCAUUCCUCCUCCUCACAGUCCCACCACUAACUGGGAUCAGCCGGUUUACACCACGUUAUCCAGACCAUGAGGUGUGGCUGAUCGGAACUAUACUGUUACUCUGAUACACUAAUCAAGUAUUGACAGUGUUGGCUAAGCGUGUUUUUGUAACAAAACACAAAGAAAUGAGUGCCUGCUGAUUUUUAAAUAUCGUGCCAUUAUUGAUCUCCCCCAAAAUUGGUCCAAAAUUCUAAAACCACAUUGAAAAUCUGGGAUUUUUUUUUAUUUAUUUUUUUUAUUUAAACCAGGAAAUAAACAAAAAGGUUUAGGAUUUAGCAACAUUUUAUAAAAGAUGAAAUGUAUUAGAUUCUGCACUGUUAUUAGGUCACUAAUCAAGUGUAAGCAGAUUAAAGCAAAGAUACUCUUUGGAACAUUCUCAAAUCAUGCUGAGAAUUUCUGAUUACAUAAUUUGUCAUUAAAAGUGUGUAUUGAAUUAGAGAUGGUCUCAGACUUUUGGACCCCACUUGAACAUUUAAUCCUGGAUGGUUGGCGCUAAAUGUGAUGAAUUAGUGCCUGUACAACCAGCGGAAAUCCUCUGUGAGGAACACCUGUCACUGCAGCCCAUGUCCAGACCCGCAUGUGUGCUUUCACUCUUUGUGAUUCCCUGAAAUUGAGCUAGAGAGGAAUAAAGAGCAGGUGGAGAAACACACACGCACACGUGUACUGGGACCAAUAAAGUGCUUUUGAAAUUUAAAGGAAGUAUUUUAUAUCAACUGCGAAUCCUCUCUGGUUAAUUUUUUUUUUUUUUUUACCCAAAUGUCUUUUUAAUGAAAUAUGCUAUAUACUGUAUAUUUAUGUAAUAUUUUUGUCAUUUGUUUCAGGUUAUAGUACAAAAGUUUGUUUUAACUGCUAAAAUGUUGGAGGGAUCAAAUAAUUCCAGUACAGUCAGUUGUGUUGUGCUGAUUUAACAAUUAUUGAUUUUCAAACAUUCCUGAUUGCUGGAAAAACACCAAUCACUUUUCCAUCCCUUGUUAUUCUGCAUAAGCAAACUGAGCGAAAUAAAAUGUCAUGUGAAGAGACAGGUGUGUGUAUGGCACACGAGAAGUGAGAUUAGUCAUGAUGAUGUUGAUGCUGCGCUGUGAGUGAUGCGUCAGCUGCAACACAACCUUUUCUCUCAGUGGUCACCAACUUACUUUCACUGAAUCAAAACUAUUUUUCCUGAGCACUUACACAUGUCAAAUGCUCUUGACAUUUGCAGUAAGGUCAUAAAUAAUUGCAGUUUUUAUCAUUAUUGUUCAUUGCCUUCACGUGCUCAUUGUCAUUGAGCUCCCUCUUGAAUUACAUUGAUUUCUAUAUUAAUACAGCAUUCAGCUUUCAACACAGAGCAUCUCUAAUGUGUGCUUUUAUAUGAAAUGUUUUUUUUUAUUACAUUUUAGGGUGUGGAACACGCAAAACAGUGUUUUCUGUAAAUUUUUUGUUCUACCUGGUGUUUCACUUUAAAACAACUGAGCUGUGAACGUUUACUUUAUGUUAACAAGUACUUACAGGAUUAAUUGCUGGUGAUUUGUGUGGAAAAAAAAUAAAGAUUUUUCUCAU